UAUAACCCGGUAUCUGUGCGGCCAUUGCUGAACUGAGGCUGCAGGACCUGGAGCCGCCUGCUUUGGGGAUAGCACGUCAGCUCUUCACCUGCUGCUUUGCCGGAAGACUGGAGACAGAAGGGGCAAGGAAGACAAACUAUGUCUCUGAGCAGUGCCUUCAGGGCUGUGGGCAAUGACCCUGGGAUCAUCACCUGGAGAAUUGAGAAAAUGGAGCUGGUGCUGGUGCCUCUGAGCGCUCAUGGCAACUUCUACGAAGGGGACUGUUACAUCAUUCUCUCGACCCGGAAGGUGGGCAGCCUCCUCUCCCAGGACAUUCACUUUUGGAUCGGGAAGGACUCCUCCCAGGACGAGCAGAGCUGUGCAGCCAUCUACACCACACAGCUGGACGACUACCUGGGAGGCGGCCCCGUGCAGCAUCGAGAGGUCCAGUAUCACGAGUCCGACACCUUCCGCGGCUACUUCAAGCAGGGCAUCAUUUAUAAAAAGGGGGGCGUGGCCUCUGGGAUGAAGCAUGUGGAGACCAAUGCCUAUGACGUGAAUCGACUGUUACACGUGAAGGGGAAGAGAAACAUCAGGGCCACUGAGGUGGACAUGAGCUGGGACAGUUUUAACCGGGGCGACGUCUUCUUGCUGGACCUUGGGAUGGUCAUCAUCCAGUGGAACGGCCCGGAGAGCAACAGUGGGGAGCGACUCAAGGCUAUGCUUCUGGCAAAGGACAUUCGGGACAGGGAGCGGGGAGGCCGCGCCGAAAUCGGAGUGAUUGAGGGAGACAAAGAGGCAGCCAGCCCGGAGCUGAUGACAGUCCUUCAGGACGCCCUUGGCCGACGCUCCAUCAUCAAGCCUGCAGUUCCUGAUGAGGUCAUGGAUCAGCAGCAGAAAUCAAACAUCAUGUUGUAUCAGGUCUCGGAUGCAGCUGGGCAGCUGGCGAUCACAGAGGUGGCAACAAGGCCUCUGGUCCAGGACCUACUGAACCAUGAUGACUGCUACAUCCUGGACCAAAGUGGAGCCAAGAUCUACGUGUGGAAAGGCAAAGGAGCCACAAAGGUGGAGAAACAGGCAGCCAUGUCCAAAGCCCUGGACUUCAUCAAGAUGAAGGGUUACCCCAGCAGCACCAACGUGGAGACCGUCAACGAUGGUGCCGAGUCAGCCAUGUUCAAACAGUUGUUCCAGAAAUGGUCAGUGAAGGACCAGACCACAGGCUUGGGGAAAAUAUUCAGCAUUGGUAAAAUUGCUAAAAUUUUCCAGGACAAGUUUGAUGUGACUCUCCUACACACCAAGCCCGAAGUGGCUGCCCAGGAGAGGAUGGUGGAUGACGGCAGUGGGAAAAUUGAGGUCUGGAGGAUUGAGAACCUGGAGCUGGUCCCCGUGGAACAGCAGUGGUAUGGCUUCUUCUAUGGGGGAGACUGCUAUCUGGUUUUCUACACGUAUGAGGUGAACGGGAAGCCCCAUUACAUCUUGUACAUCUGGCAGGGCCGCCAUGCCUCACAGGAUGAGCUGGCAGCCUCGGCUUACCAGGCGGUGGAGGUGGAUCGGCAGUUUGAUGGGGCCCCAGUGCAGGUUCGGGUGAGCAUGGGGAAGGAGCCACGCCACUUCAUGGCCAUCUUCAAAGGAAGGCUGGUUAUCUAUGAGGGCGGGACUUCCAGGAAGGGAAAUGCAGAGCCUGACCCUCCGGUAAGACUCUUCCAGAUCCAAGGAAAUGACAAAUCCAAUACCAAAGCAGUGGAAGUCUCGGCCUUUGCUUCCUCGCUCAACUCCAACGAUGUCUUUCUGCUGCGAACUCAGACAGAACACUACCUGUGGUAUGGCAAGGGGUCUAGUGGGGACGAGCGGGCAAUGGCCAAGGACCUGGUCGAGCUUCUCUGUGACGGCAACGCAGACGCUGUGGCUGAGGGCCAGGAGCCGCCUGAGUUCUGGGACCUUCUGGGAGGAAAAACAUCCUAUGCUAAUGACAAGAGGUGCGUGAACACAUCAGCCCUAUAUCCGGGGCUCCUCUAGCCUCUAGGCUCGU